AUGGCGUCAACCGCCUCCAACCCCAACACAUUGCUUCCACUCGAGCUCGUCGACAAAUGCAUCGGCUCAAAAAUCUGGGUAAUCAUGAAGAACGACAAGGAAAUUGUGGGAACAUUGACGGGUUUCGACGAUUAUGUGAAUAUGGUUUUGGAGGAUGUUGUCGAAUACGAAACGACUGCCGAAGGAAAACGAAUGACGAAAUUGGACACGAUUUUGUUGAAUGGCAAUCAUAUUACAAUGUUGGUGCCGGGUGGAGAAGGUCCCGAAAUUUAA